AUGGCGAACGAGACUUUCCUCGCCCGUCUGUGCGAGCAGGCUGAGCGCUACGAUGAGAUGGUCACCUAUAUGAAGGAGGUCGCCAAGAUCGGUGGAGAGCUCACUGUUGACGAGCGGAACCUGCUUUCCGUCGCCUACAAGAACGUAGUUGGUACCCGCCGUGCCAGCUGGCGCAUCAUCUCGUCGAUCGAGCAAAAGGAGGAGUCCAAGGGCUCUGAUAAGCACGUGGGCACCAUCCGCGACUAUCGCCAGAAGAUCGAGACCGAGUUGGAGAAGGUCUGCCAGGAUGUUCUCGACGUCCUCGAUGAGGCCUUGAUCCCCAACGCCGCCUCGGGUGAAUCCAAGGUCUUCUACCACAAGAUGAAGGGUGACUACCACCGCUACCUCGCCGAGUUCGCCUCGGGCGAGAAGCGCAAGGUCGCCGCGACCGCUGCCCACGAGGCUUACAAGAGCGCCACCGAUGUCGCUCAGACCGAGCUGACCCCCACCCACCCCAUCCGCCUGGGACUGGCCCUCAACUUCUCCGUUUUCUACUACGAGAUCCUGAACUCCCCCGAUCGUGCUUGCCACCUGGCCAAGCAGGCCUUUGAUGACGCCAUUGCCGAGCUCGACUCGCUCUCCGAGGAGUCGUACCGCGACAGCACCCUCAUCAUGCAGCUUCUCCGGGACAACCUCACCCUCUGGACCUCGUCCGACAACGGCGAGCCCGAGGGCGCUGCCGAGGCCCCCAAGGACAAGCCCGCCGAUGCUCCCAAGGAGGCCGAUGGCCAGGCCGAGGAGCCUGCGCCUGAACAGCAGUAA